UGCCACAGUCUCAAUUCAUAAGUGGUCGAACACAGUGCACUGCCAUGAAGCUAACGAUAGGUUUGCUUUUAUGGCUUUGUUGUACGCUGAAAGGGCGACUAACGAACGGAUCUCGUCUACCAAAGUUAAUAACUGCUGCUGACCCAUACAACCACUGGCCAAUCAACCCUAGUCUUGUGCGCAAUGAAAUUGAAAAUCAUCAUUCAGAGGACAGAGAAUUUCCUGAUAUAUUUGGUUUCGGGGCAGCAACGGCGGCAUAUCAAAUCGAAGGGGCCUGGGAUUCGGAUGGAAAGGGACCUUCCGUGUGGGACACGUUAACUCACAACCAUCCAGAAGCUGUAGUUGAUCGAGCCACGGGUGAUAUUGCUUGCGAUUCUUACCAUCUAUAUCAGGAAGAUAUAGCUGCUCUGAAGGAGGUUGGGUUCAACUUCUAUCGAUUUUCAAUCUCUUGGUCCAGAAUACUACCGGAUGGGGAUCUCUCGUCAUUGAAUAUUCCUGGGAUAGAUUAUUAUAACAAACUGAUAGAUGCCUUAUUGGUGGAGGGUAUUCAACCCGUGGUCACCAUGGUCCAUUAUGACAUUCCUCAGUAUAUCCAAGACUUGGGCGGUUUGGCAUCACCGCUCUUCGUGCAAUAUUUCCGAAUCUAUGCCGACGUUCUGUUUAGGCACUAUAGCGAUCGCGUAAAAUAUUGGAUAACGCAUAACGAACCGUACGAUUUCUGCGUGGAAGGUUAUGGAUCGGGUAUUGACGGCCCUAUGGUGCAUGCCUCAGGAGUAGGAGAAUAUCUCUGUGCUCACCACGUGCUUCUGAGUCAUGCAGCCGCUUAUCAUCUCUACCAGAAAUAUCACACCAAAGACCAACUUGGAUAUAUUGGAAUGACACUCAGUGGACGAUACUUUUAUCCAGCGAAUAACGAAACUGGGAAAGACGUUAUCGAUCGUGCACUUCAAUACCAAAUAGGAUGGUUUGCGCAUCCUAUUUUCAGCGAAGUCGGUGGCUAUCCUCCUAUCAUGAUCGAAGACAUCGAAGACCAUAGUUUGCGCGAGGGUCGUUCUUUGUCCCGGUUGCCAGAGUUUUCCGAAGAGAUGAAGCAAUACGUUCGCGGUACGGCGGACUUCUUCGGUUACAAUUAUUACAGCAGUCGUUUGGUCACAUUGGACAAACAGGAGUACGACAUUGAAACACCUCCAUCGGUGGACAAGGAUGCAGGGCUAGUGUAUAGCGUUGAUCCCUCGUGGAAAAGAGCGAAAUCCAGCUGGUUGUACGUCGUGCCUGAAGGAUUGCGAGGUAUGCUGAACUGGAUCAAGGAGGAGUACAACAAUCCAUUUUUGCUUAUUACUGAGAACGGAUAUUCAGACGAUGGACAGCUGGACGAUCACGAUAGAGUGGACUACUAUAAAAGCCAUUUGAAUGCACUCCUUUCCUCAAUAUUAGAAGACAAGUGUAACAUCUUUGGAUUCACUGCCUGGAGCAUCAUUGACAAUUUCGAAUGGUUGCGUGGAUAUAGCGAAAAGUUCGGAUUGUACCACGUCAACUUCUCCAGCCCCAACCGGGAACGCACGCCGAAGCUUUCCUCCAAAUUGCUGCAAACAGUAAUCAAAACACGGAAAAUACCUUAGAUUUUAUUUUAUAUUUCAUUUCAAAAAUGCUCUUAACAUAUUUGCUUACUUAUUUAAGUUUCCUUAUAUGUGGUUUAAAACUUUUAAAAGUAACAUUAAAAAAAUCAAAUAAAAACAGUGAUAACAA